CACAAGCAACAUGUCUGUGCUUGAGAAGAACAAAAUUCAUUUGAUUGCCAAGCCAACAUUAGAAAUGGAUGAUGAGCAAGAAAGAUUGCUUCCAAUUGCAAACGUGGGUAGGAUCAUGAAGCAAAUCCUCCCCCCAGCAGCAAAGAUUUCCAAGGAAGCCAAACAAACUAUGCAAGAAUGUGCAACUGAGUUCAUAAGUUUUGUCACAGCGGAGGCAUCUGACAAGUGUCACAAAGAGAACAGAAAGACUGUAAAUGGGGAUGACAUCUGUUGGGCUUUGAGUACUCUAGGUUUUGAUAACUAUGCUGAGGCUAUAGUACGGUACUUAUAUAAAUAUAGAGAGGCUGAAAGGCUAAAAGCUAAUCAAAACAAAGGUAAUAGCAUUCCUGACAACUAUGAAGAAGAAUCAAACUAUAGAAGUGGAGGUCAACAUGGGAGGCAAACUGAGCUUCCUAUCCCAUUAGAGUUUAGAGUUAUGGAGAGGGGUGACAACUCUCAAGCAAGACCAUCUUGAACUAUAAUAUUGUCUACUGCAUGACAUGAUGUGAUAAUGAAUAAGAUCACUACUGGAGGUAGAGGUUCAAGCCAUGCGUGUGGAUCUAAUCAACUGAGAAAGAUUUAAAUCUAUCUUUCUUCAAUACUUUUGUAGUUUAAGGUAAAUUUGCAUCUUUGCUCCACUUCAUGUAUCAUUUUCUUCAUAUUGUACCUUUUUUUUUUCUUCCUCUCUUUUGCUGAAGGAGGAGAGGAACUUCUGUAGAUGGUGAUAAACAAUGUAUGUAGUUUGGCUUGCACUUAAUUUGCAGUUUUCAUGACA